AUGAUAUCCCCUCAAGUCCCCAACCCAAAAGGCCUCACGACCUUGACCGGCCGGCCGCUGGAGUACAAUCACGACACACUGACCAACGUCAUGCUCGGCGAUGGCGGUGCUGGCUUUACAUCAAUCGGCGCCAACAUGCUCCCGCAAGGCUAUACCGAUGACAGCGUGGUUCAGAUCCCAAUCAAACUCUCUGACUACGAAACCCCGAAAGAAAAUCUUGUAGCACCGGAGGAGAAGCGAGGCUUUCUUCGUAGACUGUCCAACUCUGUACAGAUUAAACAAUCGAACAACGAAGAGUUCAAGAUGGCGAAAAUGAGGAGGGGUGACUAUCUCAAGUACUGGGCUAAAGGCGAGGAUGGCAAUUUCCUACCUGCCGUAAAGGAGCCAAAGGAAGGAAGAAAGGCGUGGGUGGAGAAGCAACUAGAGUUGUAUGGGGAGGUGAAGAGGGUCUGA